UGCCCGGCGGGACCACCGACGGCGUCACACCCGGAAGCCGGGGGCCGGAAGUGGGGCUGCACAGGCUGUCCCCAGGGGUGGGGAAGCGGAGGCCCAGGAGGAGGGGAAGAGAGGUGGAGGGUCCUGGCUGCCACUCUGAGUCCGAUACCGAUCCUCUUAGGUCCCGGAGACGCGGAGCAAGGGAAGGGUGUCUCCCCUCCUCCCCUCAGCCCGAGCCAUGGCCGAGGCGGGGCCCGGGCUGAGUGAGACCGUCACUGAGACAACGGUUACCGUGACAACCGAGCCCGAGAACCGGAGCCUGACCAUCAAACUGCGGAAACGGAAGCCAGAGAAAAAGGUGGAAUGGACGAGUGACACUGUGGACAACGAACACAUGGGGCGCCGCUCAUCAAAAUGCUGCUGUAUUUAUGAGAAACCUCGGGCCUUUGGUGAGAGCUCUACGGAGAGUGAUGAGGAGGAAGAGGAAGGCUGUGGUCACACACACUGUGUACGGGGCCACCGCAAAGGACGGCGCCGUGGAACCCCCGGACCGAGCCCCACCACCCCGUCCCAGCCCCCUGACCCAUCUCAGCCCCCUCCAGGGCCAAUGCAGCACUAAAUUCCUCUCUCCCUCACCA